AAAAACCGGAAGCACGUGGAAGGAAACUGUGAAAGAAAAUGUGAAGCUCAAGUUACUAGCAGUAGAUUACGUUUUUUUGUAUGUAUUUAGUCGCAGGAGUAGUAACAUUAUUGUUGUUUUUGCCGAGAACUGUAAUUAAGUAUUAAUAUGUUAUUAAUUUCAUUUAUUUUUGGAAAAUCACUUACAAACAGAUUUUAAAGGAUCUUCCAACAUCGUAAGAUAGCUAACUAGCUCCUCCAUUCAGAUUCUCAACAUGGUUCGAGCGCUAAGAAAAAAACGCGAUCCUAAGGUGAAGAAGACUGAACAGUUUGACGAAGAUGACCCUAAAGCAUAUAAGGAUAUGUCUGUGCCAGAUAAGACAUCCUCACAGUAUACCAAGGAUAAGGUGGAUGAGUUCCAUGAUGAAAAAAUCUCUAAACUCAUGGCACGUGGUGUUCAAAUGGACAGUGAUCUGGAGGAUGAUGAUGAAGAGGAGGAGGUGAUGGCUUUGGACGUCUCUGAUUCAGAAGAUGAAGAAGAGGAUGAGGGGGACGACGAUGAAGAGGAGGCUGAUAUGGAUAGUGAUCUAGAGGGGAACAAGGAUGAUGAUCUCCCCAGUGAUAUGGCAUGGGGAUCAAAGAAAAAGAUGUACUAUGACUCUGAUUAUGUGGCUGCCAAGGGGAAAUCUCAGCAAGAUGUGGAGGCAGAGGAUCAGGAAGAAGAGGAAGAAGCUAAGAACAUACAAAGGCGACUGGCUGCCGAUCUUAGCGAGGAGGACUAUGAUCUAAACCUUCUUCAGGAGUUUGCUGUAGAGGAGGAGGUGGAAAAAGAGGACAGGAUCGUUAAGGACCUGAAGCAGAUGUCUCAAAAGGAGAAGAUGAAGCUUCUGAAGAAAGAUUCACCAGAACUUUUGGAGCUCAUUCAGGACUUUAAGACAAAGUUGGCAGAGCUGAACGACGAGUUACAGCCCCUUUUGGAGAUGGUCAACGAUGGACGAAUCCCACCAGGCAAGGGCGCCGACUUCCUCAAGACCAAACAGCAGCUUUAUCUGAAUUACUGCACAAACAUCAGUUUUUACCUGGUCCUGAAAGCAAAGCGUAUCCCCGCCCACAACCACCCAGUGAUUGAAAGACUGCUGACAUACCGAAAUCUCAUAAAUGAGAUGGGCGAGGUCGACACCCGGCUAGCCCCACAGCUGCACCAGCUGCUCUCUGUAGACCAGAGGAAGGCAACGGGAAAGCCAAAGGCUAGCGAGCGGAUCACUAAAGAGACGGGCAAGGUAUCAAAUGAGUCUGAAGCUGAAGUGUCUGAAGAGUCAGACUCUGACAUGGAUGAGCAGGCUGCUCUGCGUUUCUACAGAGGAGUGGAGGAGAGGCUGAAGCUGAAGAGGAAGAGCAAGAGCAAAGAUCCCCAGGAUGAGGCGGGAUUGGAGGUGGCAGCAGAUGAGGUGGAGUAUCCGGAUGCCAAGAGAAAAAUUAGCUACCAGAUGGCUAAGAAUAAGGGGCUUACACCAAAGAGAAAGAAGAUUGACCGCAACCCCAGAGUCAAACACAGAGAGAAGUUCAGACGAGCCAAGAUCCGCAGAAAGGGACAGGUCCGUGAAGUCCGGCGUGAGGAGACGCGCUACAGUGGAGAGCUGUCUGGUAUUCGUGCUGGAGUUAAAAAGAGUAUCAAGCUCAAGUAACCCACCCAACUGUAAUGUAUCAUUAGACAUGUUUUUCAUCUGUGACAUGACGGGACAAGUCUGCUUUCUUGUAAUGAAAUGUAAAAACUAUAAAGUUAUAAAGUUCUUCUUCGUAAA